CCACCAGAAUAUCAGUUUUUUUUUUUAACAUUUGAACUUUUGAAGUAACUAUAUUUGCGGUUUUUAUUACAAAGAUAACUUAAUCUAGGUUUCCGGGAAAUGGAGAUUUCCGAUGGUAGUAUACAAGAAUGGCCCGAUUCGGACAGGUUGAAAGAAGCGCUUUUAUUGGCAAAGUUUGAUAAUUGCUACACCAUGCCUGGUUUGAAGGCAACUGUAACUUUACCUGAUUUGAUGGUCAAUAUGCUAGAGCAGAAAUUUAACAAAACUGUCUCUCGACCAUCAGUUCCCAAGGAUAUGGACGGGGUUCACCUUCUCAUUGCCGAUGGACAUCUUCGAGCUGCCGUUAAUUUAACUGCUGAAUUGUUAACAGAAGUUAAUCAAGGGUUUGGGAUGGCUGGCCACCCUUCGAACAACACGGAGUACAGUUUCAAGGUAUGGGCAUGCCGUCUGCAGUUGCUUAUGGCUUUGAAAUUGUAUACAUUAUUGAAUGACGAGUUGAUACCAUUCGAAGAAUUGGAUGCACCAGAUCUGUUCUAUCAGUACUACCCCAAUCUGUAUCCAGAAAGUCCCAAAGGCAGUCUGGUGCUAUUCAGUAUGCGUUUGAUCCAUGCCGAAGCAUUACGCUUCACUUCUAACCCAUGGGCAACUUUAGAAAGAAUUGACAGGCUGGAGAAAAAUGUUAACAAAGUUUUGGAUAAUUCAGUGAGCAGAAGCGAAUAUUUCUUCAAAAUAUGGAAGGAUCGUUUGUUAGCCGUCCAAAAAAUGCGUGCACGUAGUUUAUUUUUCCUAAAGGAGUAUUCAACGUCCAUGAUCCUAUAUAAUCGUUUGUCAAAAGCAGAUGGAUUAAGUUCUGAACAGCGAGUAGCUCUGAAACUGAUGUUAAUGAGAAUAGCUGCGGCUAUCGGUGAUCAAAAGAACUUAGAAUAUUAUUCGAAUGAAAUCACUGCAUCAGGAUGUGACGAUCAAAUCUUGCACAGGUGUUUAAAGUGUAUAUUUUAUGGCAAUUAUAAUGAAGCUUACGAAACUUUGCAGAAAUAUCUGAACUCACUCGCUUCAUCUGUGCUGUGCAACAACAUGGCAAUUUGCUUACUGUACAAAGGACAAGUUUUUGAUGCCAUGGAAAUCUUGAAAAGCCUACCAGGUGAUCCAAACGAGCCAGUUGCAAUCAAUUUUUCGACCGUGGCCGAACUUUCGAUUUCAAAUCUUACACACGAGGAUUUGGCAGAGUUUGCCCAGAAAUUUGAUCGGUUACCGGAUAUGUUCGAUCCAGCGACGCUGAAAUUGAUACCUUCAUGACAAAUGCAAGGAAAUGAUCGUGGAUCUCUUUAUAUCCUGUUGUUAGAGAUUUCCGAAUCGAGUCUAUCGUACGCGAUAUUGUCUGUAUUUUCAUCUACAGUAAUAAUGUUAUCGAAGAUAUGCAGUAGAGAGAAAAGCCAUGACACAGAUUAAUCUACAUUUUACCACUUUUUCCACUCAACUAUGAUGGCGUAAAAUGAUGGUGUACUGUAAAAGUGAAUUUAUUCAAUUCAGUUUAAUUUACAUCAUAUCCUGCACUUCUAGCAAAAUGAGCAAAUAUUCAGCUCCUUUCCAUACUUCG